AUGUCUACGAAAUCGAAUAUGAUGUCAAAGGAAAGCGAUUCGAUAGAUAAGGCGACAGAGAAGUCGAAGAUGAAGCCCAAUGCUGUCGAAGCCAAAGCCGAAUUCGAUGAUGAAGUCCGAGUCGGAACUGAAGACGAAGGAACCGGCGAGAAAGGCGAUACACAAAGAGAGAAGACCCCAUAUGAAAUGUGGCAUGAAGAGAGUGAUCCCGAUGAUGUAGAUUACGUUAGAGAUGACGAAGGAAAUGAACUCUGUUCUUGUGAGAAGAAAAAGUUAGAAGAAGAUGGUGAAGGUCAGAGAGAAGAAAACGAUGAAAGUGAAGAAAGCGAUGAAGAGGAAGAAGCGAGCGAUGGUGAGAAAGAAGCAAGCGAAGGUGAAGCUGCUAAGGGAGAAGUAUGGGAAGACGAAACAAUCCAACAAAUCUUUCACGGGAACAUAUUUGUAAACCAGAAUGUUCAUAUAAAAAAACUCAGCACACGGUUCGCUGGUAAAAAAACUCUUAAGUGCUCAUUACCGGAGCGAGUUUAUUUGCGGGAACAGGCUUUUAAAUAUUUUAAAUUUAUUAUUGGAGCAGGCAUAUUUAAUGAAGUAUUGUAA